UGUGAAUAUUACUGGUUAUGCAACACUAAGACGUUUCCUUUAAGCGGCUCUACAGUGCGUCUUGAUUUGCGUCGUGACGCAAUACAUGCGUACGUCACAAUUGCAGCUGAACCAGGAAGUAGCAGGAGAGACCCUCAUGAGUGAAGCCGCCGCUGAAAAUGUUUACAUUUAGUUUGACGCUCGUCCGACAUGGGGAGACACUGUACAACCGGGAAAAGCUGCUGCAAGGACAAGGCGUGGACACGCUGCUGUCUGAAGCAGGUCUGCAGCAGGGUGAAGCGGUUGGACGGUACCUCAGAGACAUCAGAUUCAACAGCGUGUUUGUCAGCAACCUACAACGAGCCAUACAGACAGCUGAAAUAAUUAUGAGGAACAACACUCACUGUGCUGGCAGAGAGAUGAUCCUGGAGCCCUUACUCAGAGAAAAAGGUUUUGGCAUUGCUGAAGGACGUCCCAGAGAGGAUUUGAAGAACAUGGCCAACGCUGCUGGACAGUCAUGUCGCGACUACACGCCUCCAGGAGGAGAGACUCAAGACCAGGUGAGGCUGCGAUUCAAAAAAUUCCUCAAAGUCCUUUUCAAACAAAUGUUGGAUGAACACGGCUGGUCAGGACCAGACGCUUCUGCAGGAGCAUCAGGAGCUGGAGACGCUGCGGACGGGACCGAAGCUGCUGCCUCUGAUGUCACCGUUGGCCCGUCGGCUGAUGAUGGUCUCCAAGGAGUGUCGCUUCACGCUCUGGCCGUGAGCCACGGCGCUUACAUCCGCGUAGCCAUCAGGCACCUCGUGGAGGACUUAAAUUGCUCUCUGCCUGCGGGGGUAAAGAUGUCCCAUCUGUUUUCGCCGUGUCCAAACACGGGCAUCAGUCGCUUCAUUCUGACUCUGCGCCGGUCUGAGUCUGGCCCCGUCCUGUCAGCUGCUCGCUGUGUCUUCACCAACAGGAAGGAUCACCUGGAAAACCUCACAGCUGCUGAAUAGUGUAGAGGGAGAGAAAACUGAUUUUGUGUGUUUAAGUACACAGUUUAUGACAGGCACAAUCUGGAACACUAAAGGGAAAUAAGAGGCAAAGAACUCAAAGUUACCACUGAUAACUGACUGUAACAAAGCACGUUGAAUGGUGUCCAUCAAAAUCUAAAUAACUGUGCAGUACAAUACUGUCAAACAUGUUAUCAUCAUCUGAACUGUAGGCCAGUUAGCACUCCUGUUGUACCACAUGUUUAAUUCUGUUAAUUUAUUUUCUGUUUUGUCGUUGUUAUACUGAAGUCAGAUGAGUUCAUGUACCACUGAACGCCGUCAGUAGAUGUGGCAUUUUGUAUAUCACAAAAUGCUGUGAAAUUACACUGGUAACAUCAGUCACUGUGUUUAUUGUUGGGUGCUACAGAUUCAAAGGUGUUUCAGGCUCUUCGGUGUUCAACAGAAGUGUGUUUUUUAAUGACCUCAACAUUUCAAACGCUAUGUAAUCUAUAUAUGUUACUAACGCUGGGGAAAACCCAAAAAAGAAGACUUCUCAUGGAACACAAAUGCACUUUUACUGUUCUGCUAACAACCCAUAUAAAUACACAACUAUAAAUUACGCCAUUCGUGAUGUCUUUGUAAUAUCCUCCAUUCGUUUAAAGUAGUUGUUAGCAAGAAACCGGCACAUGUUACUGUGCGGACUCGGACUUGCAUUUGCAUGACCCAAGAGGACUUCGGGUUGGGUUUUACUUCUUGCCAUGACUAUUCUGCAGUACUUUGCAAAGAGAUUUGAUGUUUUUGUCCUCACUCAUAAUACCAUGCAUGUGAUGAACUGCUAAGUGCUGCUUCAUGCUAAGUACACAAGUGGAGUAUUUUAGUAUUUAGUAUUCCUGGUUUUGCAGUUGUGCUCCUCAUUUGACUUGUGCAAUAUAACAUGGCAACUACACUGAUG